AUGUCCUGCCUUACUAGCGGUUCAAUUACCUCGGGCGAUCAGUGGAAUGCUCUGCUUGCCGCUGGGCUGCAUCGUGUGUAUAUCGAUAUCAUAUUGACCGAUGAGAUCUAUCACGACGUCAGGACACGAAAUUAUUUGUCGACGGUCAUGUUUGGUCUAGCCAUCAUACUCCCGAACCUAACCAAGAAGGAUGAGGACAACAUAGACGAUUUGAGGAAUCCGAUUGUCUCCAAUGAAGUGAUCGACAGGACCGUCGAGCUCUGGGACUUCAUUUGGGCUAGGCGUAGCAUCUUGCAAGAAGACGUCGAUGAGAACUUAUACCGAUGCUUGCUUGGACAACUUACCUUAAGAUGGAGCACGGCAGUGCAUCUGAGCGCUCAUGCGCCAGCUUAUCUUUCUUGGACCGAAGAGCAUACUUCUAUUUUCACACAAACACGAAUCGGACAUGUCGCAUUCUACAUCUGGCAGUACACGAAGCGCCCCAAUUCUGAUGACGAUGCAACCUUGAGCCUGUUGACCUUGUCCUUAUCAUCGUCCCGGAGCGACAAAGACCAGCUCGUGCAAGAAGCCGUCGUCGACACAUUCGGUCAUCAUCUGUUCGUAGAUCAGCUCAAUCGUGACCUGCAGGACCAAACCCUCAUCGGCAUCAAACUAUACCAACUAAUGAGGUUCCUUGCCGUCUUCGCCGCCCAUCCGGCAACGAAAUGGUUGGCAUUGGAACAAGGCACCUACAAAUUCAUCUUUCCUGCUAUACGAAGGCAGAGAGGGGAAAGCGAAGAAGUGUUAUGGAAGACCAUCAGAUGGGCCGUUGAGCCGCUAGUGUGGGCGUUCAAGGAGUGUGAUAGGGAGGUUUUGAUAGAAUUGGUCGAACAACACGGCAUGAUGAAGUUAAUGUCUCGCGCCAUGAUCUUUGGAGCAAAGCAUGCUGUAGAUCCGGAAGAUUUAGGUAUGCGGCUUCCGAGGGCUUCCGACUCCAAACUGAUCCUGGUCUCGCCAUUUUGGCACGUUGUCAGUGGACUGGUCUUAUCUGCCGAAGCUGUAUCUUCAAAGAACGAAGACCGAAGAAAUGCGGGCUCACGGGGAUCACCACCUGUCUACUAUAUUGAUGAACGCUAUACGGCGAGUCUGAUACCGAACCUUGGUCUCCGCGCCAUCGCAUCGCCCGUCAAGAAUCAAUCCGCGCAUCAGCGCGCGAUCUCUGACUGGGAGGAAUUUGGUUAUUACCUCAGCUUGCAAGAGAGCAUGUUUUCGGGAAAUGGUCUUCUGACCAAGCGGCGUCAUCGGCUACCCCUUCCAUCGCUGCUCUUCAUUGCAGUUGGGCACGAUGCGAAUUCCACGACAAGGAACCACCGCACGCUCUUCAAAUGUGCGCAGGCUGCGGCAAAGCUCGAUAUUGUAAUCGAACAUGUCAAGCGAGUGACUGUUAACAAGUAG